AUGUCCUCCAAGUGCGUCCACAAAGGCUGCGGCAAGGAGUUCUCCGACCCGGACGAGCCCUGCGUCUACCAUCCUGGCCCGCCCGUCUUCCACGAGGGCCAAAAGGGCUGGAAAUGCUGCAAACCCCGCGUUCUGACCUUUGACGAAUUCCUCGCUAUCCCGCCCUGCACCACCGGAAAGCAUUCGACGGUUGACGAUACGCCCGCCGAGCUUGCGGACACGAAAAAGCCAGAGCCAGAGCUCGAUCUUGCCGCCCCCCAACCUGUUGCUCCGACCGACGCCGCUCCCCCACGUCCAGCCGCCUCGCCCGCUAUUCCCCCGCCGUCAACCGCGGCCACGCCUGUCCCCGAAGAAUCCGAGUCCGACGACCCCUCGCAGGAGAUCCCGGCCAAUGCCACCUGUCGUCGCAAGGGCUGCAAUGCCAGCUACAACCCGUCGGGGUCGCGCGAGGACGAGACCUGCGUGCACCACCCCGGACAACCCAUCUUCCACGAGGGCAGCAAAGGAUGGUCCUGCUGCAAGAAGCGGGUGUUGGAGUUUGACGAGUUCCUGAAGAUCCAGGGCUGCAAGGAGAAGAAGAAGCAUCUCUUCGUGGGCAAGGGAAAGCCGCCGGGCGAGGAGAAGGUGGAAUCCGUCCGGAAUGAUUUCUACCAGACGCCGCACUCGGUCAACGUGUCCCUGUAUCUGAAGAAGAUUGACAAGACCAAGGCCGGCGUCAAGUUUGCGGAAAACUCCAUCGACUUGGAUCUUCCCACCACUGACAACAAGCGAUAUACCGACACCUACGAGCUAUUUGCGCCGAUUGACCCUGAGAAGUCGCAAUUCCGCGUGCUGGGCACCAAGCUGGAGUUGACUCUGGUCAAGGCCGACGGGACCAGCUGGCCGGUGCUGCGGAAGGAGGACAAAUGGAGCGGAGAGCGGAUUCAGGUUGGAAAGGCAGGACGGGUAUACUUGAUAUCUUCAACCCAUCCGUCUCGCACCAGCCGUGCACACAUCAAUGCACAGUAUGGCACAAAACAUGGUAGAUGGAAAGAAUAUCGCGCCUCCUCCACAGCUAUGGCGCAUGGAGCUCUUUUCUUGCGAAAAGAAGCCCUAGCCCAGCCAUAUACAGUGAGGGAAAAAGGAAAACGCGAACGCAAAGCGCAUUGCUCUCCGAAGCUGGGAACGGAAGGAAACCCACAGAGAAAAAAUCCCACACGAAUAACCCUCAGCGAGCCAUACUGUGUAUGGAGCCCCGGUAAAGAUUUACAUAUGGUCAAUGUAAACCGCUACUGA